AUGAAGGAAGAAGCUGAACUUGAUGUAAAUGAGGAACCUAUUCUGAAUAGUUACUACCAAUCCUCAAUUCUGUCUCAUGAUUCAUUGAAAUCUGCUUUGGCCAAUUACCUUGCUAAUAGAUUAAGCAGUGCAAGCCUUCUAAGUAACACACUCUUUGAUCUUUUUUUUGGGAUCUUGAAAUCUAACCAAGAAAUCAUGGAUUCUGUGAAGGAUGAUCUCAAAGCAGUUAAGGAAAGAGACCCUGCUUGCAUAAGUCAUGUGCAUUGCUUCUUGAACUUCAAAGGCUUCUUAGCAUGCCAAUCUCAUAGAGUUGCUCAUAAGCUAUGGCUUCAAGGAAGACAAGUCUUGGCAGUUAUGAUCCAGAACCGAGUUUCUGAGGUUUUUGCGGUUCGUAUUCAUCCCGGUGCUAAGAUUGGAAGCGGAAUUCUGCUUGAUCAUGUAACUGGAUUAGUGGUUGGUGAAAUUGCAGUGAUUGGUAACAAUGUGUCAAUUUUGCAUAGUGUGACUUUGGGUGGAAUUGGUAAAGCUUCUGGUGAUAGGCAUCCAAAGAUUGGUGAUGGGGUUUUGAUUGGUGCAGGGACUUGUAUUUUGAGGAACAUUAAAGUUGGUGAAUGUGCUAAGAUUGGUGUUGGUUCUGUGGUGAUUAAGGAUGUUCCUCCUAGGACUACUGUUAUUAGUGAUUUUGUUAUGCUGUUGUUUUGA